CUCUCUCUCUCUCUCUCUCUCUCUCUCUCUCGCUUCGAUCGAUCUCGAAUCGCCCUUUUACGAUCCCCAAUUCGCCACAUCGAUCGAUCCAAACCCCGUUUUCUCCUCGAUCCCCGCUUCCCCGCAUCAAAUUUGAGCAUUAACUAGAAGGUAAAAUGGAACUCCCAGUCAUAGAUUCAGGCCCAGCAAAGGAAACUGGCUCGUUAUUCCAUUGCAACUUCUGCGACACGGAAGUGGUGCGUAAAACUGCACAGCUUCUGCUUCCCGGAUUGGCUUCUGCUUGUGUGGAUAACACCACCGGCGAUCUUUUCAGAAACCCAUCAUUUGUAGCUGUUGCUUUAAGGAAGGAGAUGGUUGAAUAUUUAACACGAAAAAGUGAAACAUUUAUCGCUGAAUCGAUUGUCGGUGGAGAUAAUACCAAUCUGAACCAAGUGAAGGAAAUCCCCGAACAUCCAACCGAUAUCAUACAAGACUUCAUCGACGAUUUUGUAAAUUCGAAAAGGAACUUAUUCAGCCGGGUUUCUAGCUGGUUGUCGAGUGAAAGUCGUGAAGAUAAAAUCGACGACUUUGUGCAGGAGAUGGAAACAGAGAGCUUCUGGCCACAGGGUAGGAGAGAAGCCGUUUCAGAGCUUCUGCUUAAGAAUGUAGACUUCAAAAGCGCUUUCCACUGUACUGAAACAUUCGACACUUCGGAACAACUUGCUGAGCAUAGAAGCCAGUGUAGUUUUCGUCCAGUGAAUUGCUCAAAUGAGGGAUGCAAGGCGACAUUCUCGGCUUCUCAUACGGAGAAGCACGACUCCGUAUGCCCACUCAAAGUGCUUCUGUGUGAGCAGAAUUGCGAACAAAAGCUUACGAGGAGAGACAUGGACCGGCAUUGCAUAACCGUGUGCCCUAUGAAGCUCGUCAACUGCCCUUUCUACCAAGUUGGAUGCGAGUCGGCUUUUCCACGGUGCACUCUUCAGAAGCACUGCUCAGAAUUUAUCCACGCGCACCUGCUUUGCGUCCUCGAAGCAGUUCAUAAACAGGAGGCUUCGAUGGAAGAGCUGAAGCAGCGCGUUCAAUUGCUGGAAAAGUCGCAUUCGCUGAAUGAGUUCUCUGAAGCUUUGGAUGUGAGGUCUCUAACUCUUGCAAUCAAGGAGCAGGAAGCAAGGACGAAGAAACUCGAGCGCGAGCUUAGUAAGAUUCAAAGAAACUGAAGCUUCUUUGCCUCUAUAGAUCAAAGAAGAUUGUAUGGGGCAAAAUCAUGAAUGCAGUGAACAUUUAAGGGGCUGAAUUUUUUUUUCUUUUCUUUUCUUUUUUUUUUUUUUCUCCCAGUAGGGAUACGUCGCGAUCAUUUUUUUUUUCUUUUUUGAGUAAAACAAAAACAUUGAAUCUCUUAUACUACAGUAAGUAAUGAUACACUAUUUUUUCUUGUGUGAUAUGUAGGAAUAUGGAGUGAUGAUUUUGUUAAAUUCGAGCACUUUUCCUUUCCAUA